AGGCGGGGACAAGGUACGUCAGACAAGAUGGCGGCGUUUUGAAUAACAGUUCUGGCGGCCGUUUACAAAUGACCGGGAGAGCGGACUAUUCCCGAGCGUUACCGGUGCGGCCGGGGUGCGGAAUGGAUUUGUCGGCCCUCUUUUGAUUCUCGGCGGGAAAACACUGCCGCCGGGAGCGCGCACCGAGUCACACGAGAAGAGGAGGCCUGACUGCCGAGAGAGAGACAUCCUCGCCUCAGAGAAAGAAAGAGACUGUAUGUGAGAUGAGAGAUCAUUACAUGAAAGAGGGACUGCUGGUCUGAGGAGAGACAUCACUUCAUAGAAGAUAAAGAGACCACCAGUCUGAGGAGAGGCCUCACCUCAUAAGAGAGAGAGACGGACCAGAAAGGUGUCACAAGAGAGAAAGACUGCUGAUCGAAGAUUAGACGUUCGUUCACAAGAGAGACAUCUCUUCACAAGAAACCCUGACAGUAUCUGAGGUGAGACGUUCCUUCACAAGAGAGACGUCUCUUCACGAGAAACCCUAACGGUAUCUGAGGUGAGACGUCCCUUCACAAAAGAGAUUGCCGGUCUGAGGCGAUACGUUCCUUCACAAGUGAGACGUCUCCUCACGAGAAACCCUGCCAGUAUCUGAUGUGAGACAUCCUUUCACAAGCGAGAUUACCAGUUUGAGGUGAGACGUUCCUUCACGAGAAACCCUCAAAGUAUCUGAGGUGGGAAGUCCCUUCACAAGACAGAGUGUGGUCUGAGGCAAGACGUUCCUUCACAAGAGAGACAUCUCUUCACAAGAAACCCUAACAGUAUCUGAGGUGAGACGUCCCUUCACAAAAGAGAUUGCCGGUCUGAGGCGAUACGUUCCUUCACAAGUGAGACAUCUCUUCACAAGAAACCCUGACAGUAUCCGAGGUGAGACGUCCCUUCACAAAAGAGAUUGCCGGUCUGAGGCAAGACGUUCCUUCACAAGUGAGACAUCUCUUCACAAGAAACCCUGACAGUAUCUGAGGUGAGACGUCCCUUCAGAAAAGAGAUUGCCGGUCUGAGGCGAUACGUUCCUUCACAAGUGAGACGUCUCUUCACGAGAAACCCUGACCAUAUCUAAGGUGAGACGUCCCUUCACAAGAGAGAUUAACAGUUUGAGGUGAGACGUUCCUUCACGAGAAACCCUGAAAGUAUCUGAGGUGAGACGUCCCUUAUCAAGACAGAGUCCGGUCUGAGGCAAGACAUUCCUUCAUAAGUGAGACGUCUCUUCACGAGAAACCCUGACCAUAUCUGAGGUGAGACGUCUCGUCACAAGAGAGACUUUGCUUGUAUCUGAGGUGAGACUUCCCUUCACGAAAGACACAGCCAGUCUGAGGUGAGACGUCCCUUGAUGAGAAACCCUGAAAGUGUCUGAAGCGAGACAUUACUUUGCAAAAAGAGACAGCCAGUCUGAGGAGAGAUUUCCCAAGAAAACCUGCCAGUAUCUGAGAUGAGCCAUCACUUCACAAGACAGAAACUGCUGGUCUAAAGGAGAGACUUCACUUUACGAGAAGCCCUGCUGAUCUGAGGAGAGACUUCACUUUGUAGAAGACACUGCUGAUCUGAGGUGAGACAUCACUUUGUGAGAGAGACUGCCGUCCGAGCUGACACUAGAGAGGGUCUGCAAAUCUGUCAAAAUACACCCCCCUCCCUUAAGGGGGAGGGAGAGAGGGACGCGUUUCCCCAUAAUAGACUGCUAAUCGGUGAGAGACAAAUCUUGAGACCAUGUAACUUGUGCUGAGAGAGACAAUACCAUGGAGAAUAACAGCCCACAUGGGUUGGGAGAGCAGUUUCUGAGAGGCAGCCAUCUCACUAUGCAGAGAGACAGCUGGUCUGAGGAGAUUGACCCCCUUAGGAGCGAUGCUGGAAGAAACAGAUGGUCUGAGAAUGAGGAUAACCUUCAGAGCGAGAUCCCCCACACCCUGGAGGGAGAGAACCUCCUUUUGGAUAGAGACAGCUUGUCUGAAGAAGAGGACCAGCCAAUGAAACCUAUUGAGAGAGACAGGCAGUCCAUACCUGCAAUCGCAGACACCGUGGGCUUUGAGUUUAUGGGAAGACAUCACCCUGUAAGAAGUAGAUAUGAAAGAGAACGUGUCGUGGCCCAAGACUAUGACCCCCCCUAUGAAGGUGACAGUCUGUCCAUAGAGAACUCCCCUAGAGGGGGUUAUGAGAGAGCUUAUGAGCCAGGGAAGGGCUGUGAUAGACUUGCAGUAGACCGAGCACACACCAUGAAGGAUUUCGAGAAGCAGAUCACUGAGCUAAAGAAAGAAAACUUUAACUUGAAGCUGCGCAUCUAUUUCUUGGAGGAGCAAGUGCAGAGACAUUGUGACAACAGCAGUGAGGAGCUCCACCGCAUGAACAUAGAGCUCAAGGUGGAGGUGGAGAGCUUAAAACACGAGUAUCAGGAGAAGCAGAACCUCCUUAUCAGAGCAUCUAAAGCCAUGGAGAGCCUUGCUGGGGAGCACAACGUCACCAUUCAGCAGCUAAAGAAUGACCACCUCAAGCAGCUUCAGGACCUGGGGGAGGCCAGCCGCCAAAAACUCCAGCUUUUAGAGGAACUAAAACAUGAGAAAGCGGAGCUGGAGAAAGUCUGCGUGCUCUUGGACCAGGAGCGAAUGCAAAGGUUUAACGCAGAAGAGAGAUUGCUGGCGGUCAAAGAACAGUACAACAAGAGCAUGGGGAUAUUGGAGGAGAGAGACUGGAUUAUACAGUGCUUAAAUGAGACUUUACGUUCUAAAGAUGCUUUAAUUACUCAGCUGGAGAAACAGAUUCACACCAUGAUGCCAAGUGACGCUUCCAAUGGCAAUGCAACAAAGACUGUCACUCUGCUCCCAGAAAGCGACCUACAGGAAGGCCGCUCACAAUCUCCAGGACUAACAUGCAGGGACUGCCUUGCAACCAAAAGCUCAGAUGAGAAAGAAGAAAAUGCUAACGAAUGGCAAAAGAAAGUUAAAGAAAUGGGAAACAUUAUAAGUGAGCUGCAGCAGAAAGUGGAAGAGAGUAAAGCAGGGUUAGCCAACGAAGAGAGAAAUGCUGUGAAGCGGGAUAAAGCUAUACAGGGCCUCACGUUGGCGUUAAAGAAAAAAACAAAAGAAAACGAAAAGCUUCUGAAGGAAAUCGAAAAUCUGAAUGCCACCUUAGCAGGAUCAAGGGUACCCGCCCUGCGUGACCAAAGCCUCAGAAAGGACAGCGAUCCCGAUUAUAAGAAGCUGAUUAUAACUAUUCAAGCUCAGCAGGAUCUAUGCUCCCGGCUCCACGAAUAUGAGAGGGAAUCGGGAAGCCUACAGAAAGAGCUUGACGCCAUCGUUAUGCUUCGCAAAUGGCUGGAAAGAGAUAUUCAGUCCAACCAAGAACUGAGGAAAAUAUUGGAAGCUCAGAUCAUGGCAAAAUAUAGAGAAAGCGACACAAUGUCAUUUCUUGGGGAUCAGACAACCUAUCUAAGUAUAUGCCUCGAUCACUUGGAUGAGAAUAACAUGAUGGAAGCUGUGAACCGGGCUCUCGUGAAAGCGUCGGAAACGCAAACCGUGCUUAAAAAUUCUUCUCUGACUGAAGAAAGCUUAAAUAAAUCACAGGAUAGCAAUUUAGAACUGUCCGUUAUUGAGAAGGACGCAAAAGAUGAGAGCGCUGCAGCUGUUGCCACACAUCCUAAGCACGAGUUCACAGAACCCAGCCAAAGCACGGUAUCGUCUUCAACACAGACCACAUUGAAGUACUAUGCUGACCAAGCCAUUCUCGUUGACGGUUUUGCGUUUGGAAAAGAAACCUCGGAAAGUAUUAAAAAUAGAGAUGAAGAAAUCCUCAGUAAUGCGGAGAGCUCCCGGUUUACGUCAGACGUUCAUAAAAGCCAUAACGACAAACAACAAAAGUGUUUUUCAAACAACCUGACAAAAUCUAGAAUUCCGGUUCUUUUGAAGUCUCCCUUGAGGAAACGGAUUAAAACAGAGACCUUCCUUACGUCAAGAGAAAACGACCACGUCUGUCUUGAGAAAGAAUUGCAAGAAGAAAACAACAGACUGCUGGAAGAGUUAGCAUGUGCUAAACUUGAAAUAGGAGCCCUUAAAUCAAACAAAGGUACCCCACAAGGUUGGGAUGAUUCUGAUAGCGCUGGGAUUGAGCCUUUGAGGCCAAUCUUACAAGACCUUCAGGCUGGGAGACUAAGUGGUCUAAAUGAACAUGUUUGUCUUGAGAAAGAAUUGCAAGAAGAAAACAGCAAACUACUAGAACAGUUGGAAUGUGCUAAACUUGACAUAAAGGCCCUUCAAUCAUACAAGGAAAAAUCUAAAGUCUGGGAUUAUUUUGAUAACGCUGGGAAUGAGCCUUCAAGGCUGAUCUUACAAGGAGACCUACACGCUGAGGGACUAAGUGGAAUAAAUGAACAUGUUUGUCUUGAAAAUGAAUUGAAAGAAGAAAACCACAUACUACUAGAACAGCUAGCAAGUGCUAAACUUGAAAUAAAGGCCUUUAACUCGCACAAAGAAAAACCUAAAGGUACUCCACAAGGCCAUGAUGAUUCUGAUAAUGCUGGGAAUGAGCCUACAAGGCAGAGUUUACAAGGAGAACUACAGGCUGAGAGACUAAGUGGAUUAAAUGAACAUGUUUGUCUCGAAAAAGAAUUGAAAGAAGAAAACCACAAACUCCUAGAACAGCUAGCAUGUGCUAAACUUGAAAUAAAGGCCCUCAAAUCAAACAAGGAAAUCCCUACACAAGGCUGGGAUGAAUCCAACCAUGCUGGGAAUGAAUCUUGGAGGCCGAUCUUACAAGGAGAUCUACAGGCUGAGAGACUAAGUGGAUUAAAUGAACAUGCUUUUCUUGAGAAAGAAUUGCAAGAAGAAAACAGCAGACUGCUAGAACAAUUAAGUUGUGCUAAACUUGAAAUAAAGGCCCUUAAAUUAAACCAGGAAAAAGGUUGGGAUAAUUCUCAGAACGAGCCUUCAAGGCAGAUCUUACAAGAAGACCUACAGGCUGAGAGACUAAGUGGAUUAAAUCAACACAUUUGUCUUGAGAAAGAAUUGCAAGAAGAAAACAGCAGACUACUAGAACAAUUAGAAAGUGCUAAACUUGAAAUAAAGGCCCUCAAAUUAAGCAAGGAAAAAGGUUGGGAUAAUUCUGAUAACGCUUGGAAUGAACCUUCAAGGCUGAUCUUACAAGGGGAUCCUCAGGCUGGGAGACUAAGUGGACUAAAUGAACAUGUUUGUCUUGAGAGAGAAUUGCAAGAAGAAAACCGCAAACUACUUGAAGAGUUAGCAUGUGCUAAACUUGAAAUAGGGGCCCUUAAAUCAAACAUGGAAACCCCUAAAGGUCGGGAUGAUUCAGAUAAUGCUUGGAAUGACCCUACAAGGCUGAUCUUACAAGGGGACCUUCAGACUGAGAGACUAAGUGGAUUAAAUGAACACGUUUGUCUUGACAAAGAAUUGCAAGAAGAAAACCACAAACUACUGGAAGAGUUAGCAUGUGCUAAACUUGAAAUAAGGGCCCUUAAAUCAAACAAAUGUUGGGAUAAUUCUGAUCAAGCUGGGAAUGAGCCUUCAAGGCUGAACCUUCAAGGAAACCUUCAGGCUGAGAGACUAAGUGGGCUGUCUGGACAAUUAAAGUAUUCACAGAUCGAGGUGGGAAAGCUUCAGACAGUUGAAAAUGCCAUUAAAGGCACAGAAUUUGCAUGCAAAUUGGAAAAAGCUGAAAAAGAGAAGAUGGAUUUUUUCCAGCAGGGAUUCCAUAAGGAACUACAGUUAAUAAAUGACAAGUCUGCACUGGAUUACAACCAUUCAUCAAAUGUGUCUGAGAUCACAAACAAUUCUGCCCUGGAUAAUGCAGAUAUAGCAGAGAGGGAUCUGUCUGCACAAUCCCUGUACAAUGAAUUGCAGUUGGAGAACCUCAGGCUUGCUGAGCAGUUAAAAUCUGCCCAGAUGGACAUUGAGAGACUUCAGUCAAGAGAGGUUCACUUACAAAACAAAAAUGCUCAAUCUGGUUUGGAUUGUGGCUACAAAGAGGAAGAUGUGGCUGUAAGGACCCUAAUAAAAGAACUGCAGAUGGAAAACCAAAGGCUGGUUGAACAGUUCAAGUGCGCACAAGUCGAGAUUGAGAUGCUUCGGGAAGAAAAAGCUUCGGUUGACAACAGCUUCAGACUGGAUAACGUAGAUGCGGAGGAUCGAGAUUCAGAACAUUCUUUCAUAGAUAAAACAAUCACAAACACUAUCAACUUAAGCGAAAUCCACAACGGAAACCCAGAUUUCGAACUCCAAGUCAACAGUCACAAUUUUACUUGCCAAAAUUUUGCCGGACUAUGCUGCCACCAUGAACAAUUCUGUAUAGAAUGUGCCAAUAAUCAAGAAACUCUCAUAUUUCAGUCUUCCAGUUUUAAAAAGGUCUCCACAAUACAGAAAGAGUGCAAGCUACUUACAGUAUCCCAAUCUCAUAGACCAUUUGAAGACACCUCCUUGUCCAAGUACGAUUUGCUGGUACAGUCACAAGCUCGGGAACUGUCUCAUCAAAGGCAGCGAAUAAAAGAGAGCCACAAUCUGAGCGUUGUGUGUUCGAAGAACUUUAUUAAUGUCAUCAAAGCGUUUGAAGAUCUCAUCUUGACUGCUAGUUUGGAUUCCAACAUCGCUUUGGGUUUCCAGGAACAGCUCGCUCAGACAGUUGAAUGGCUGAAAGAGUUGGAGUAUAAACUUAGCGACGCUUACUACGGUGAAGACGACGCCAACAGUGACCAUUCAGCUGACAGCUUGUUGUAUACACCGUCACGCUUAGUUCCUGGACACAAAAUGUGGGCAGAUAAACAUGGCUGCCAUGUGCUUGGCUUAGUGGAAGACUACAAUGCUCUCCGUAAGCAGAUCCUUGAAGCAAAAACUGUCCUGGAAGAGACCGAGGCUUUCCUAGACCACGGUGUGCAGACAGCAGUGCUAAAUAUGACCGAACAUUUUGGUAACAUCUUUUUUGAAAAGUUCAACAGAACCAAGCAGUCUCUGGAGGAGGCAAGCUGCUUGCUGAAGCUCCUGUGGAGGGUAUCCUUGCCCAUGCAGACCCACAGCUCCUAUAACAUCCGCCAGGUGGAAGAGACAAACCUUGAGAUGACCCAGCUUCGCAAGAGGGUUCUGGAGCAAGAUAAGUUGUUGUCUGGGAUGGUGAAAAGGGUCUACUCUGAAAACCAAAUGAAGGAGGACAUUGAGAAGGUUAUUUUAAAUCAGCUCGCGAUGACUCACAAAAUAUUAAAGCGAGCAAAAGGGAAUCUAGCGGUUCAGGUAGUGGACAAGCAAUGAAAAAGUAACUGCUGGUUUUAUGUUGGAUAGAGUGAAGAACUUUCGUCAGGUUUUUAAUUGUCCUUGUUGAGAAAGUUUCCCUUUUUAUUUAAUUUUUUUUUUUGUUCUGGUUCAGAUUUUUUAUUUAAUUUUUUAUUCGCAUUCAGAACUUGUGAUCAUCAUAAUUGUUAUUGUAUUUAAACUUAGAGGUAUGACUCUCCAAAAAAAAUCAAAUAUACUCACCUAGGUGGAUGCAGCAUCGAUCUGAUGCUGAAUCUGUUCCCCUGCCAGGUUUGUAGUAAGAACUGAGCGAUCAAACACCAUUGAACGAUCAUUUCUUCCACAUCGCUCUGAGCAGAGACCUGUCACUAUCAGGCCUCGUACACACGACCGAACAUGUCCGCUGAAACUGG